UUAUCGAUAGUCGAUAAACUCUGAUCAGCUGCAACCGCGUUAACAAAAGAACGCCGUAAUUUAUUCCAAAAUAGUGGAUAAGAAACUAGUUUUAUUCAAAUGUGAUAAACCAAUUAGCAGCUUCGAUGACUACUUUUACGAAGUGUCGUGUUUGUAUUUGUGAUCUCGAUGCAACUGUCGGUAGCUACGAUAUGCGUAAAUUGCCCCUAUUGGCACACAAGUUUGUCACGUGCACCGAUUUGUCCGUGUCUGAGGAGCAGCGAGUCCCCAGUGAGCUGUGCCAGGCGUGCUAUAACCAGUUGGAACAGUUGUAUGCAUUCCGUGCAAAGUGCAUUGCGGCUGACACAAAAUGGCGCAUGCAAAUUUUGGCAUUUUGCGAUGAGGAGGAACCUAUUUACGACUUGGAGGCGGCACCGAGUACAGUUGCAGUCGAGGAGCUAAAAGAGAGCAAUAAAAAGCAAAAUGGAAAACUUCACGAAAAAAAUGAAAAAUGUGAAGAGCACCAAUUGGAUUCUGUAGAAGUGGAAAUUGAAAAUCAUGACAUGGAAACACCUGCACAGCCCAUGGAGGACAACGUUGAAUCCGAUGCCGUAACAAGUUCCUCGCCACGGCAUCCAAAAAGCGUCUUCAAAUGUGAUAUAUGCGCCGCGCAAUUCUUAAAUGAGAAGCGCCUGCUAGCGCAUAGUCGGCGACAUGGACAGAUGCCGUACCCCUGCCCCGAGCCAGGCUGUGAUCGCGGCUACAGCCAUAAGCAUACAUUAUCGCUGCAUAUGCGAAAGUGUCAUAAGCUUGGCAAGGAGCACAAGUCGCAUGUUUGCGAGUUCUGUGGCAAGCUCUUUGACACCAUGGCGCUGCUCAAAAACCAUCGUUUUACGCACAAGGACAAGUUGGAGCAGCCAUUUGCGUGCGAGGAGCCGGACUGUGAGCGACGUUUCGCCACUAAGCAGCUGUUAAAGAUACAUAUGAUGCGUCAUGCGGGCAUCAAGAAUUACACAUGUUCAUACUGUGGCGUACAGAAGACGACACGGACUGAACUCAAGAUUCACCUAAACUAUCAUACGCUGGAGCGCACCUAUUGCUGCCGGCUCUGCUCUAAGGUGUGCUACAGCUCCAGUAAUCUGAAUAAACAUAUGCGCACCGUACACGAGCGUGCUCGGAAUUAUGCCUGCCGCUAUUGCGAGCGCGCCUUCAUUCAGCCCGAGACACGUAACCAACAUGAGCUAAUCCACACGGGCGAGAAGCCACAUGGGUGCGUGGAAUGCGGCAGACAUUUUAGGCAGAAGGCAGCUCUGCGCGCUCACUACAAAAUUCAUACCCGCCAGCUUAAGGAGCAGAGCUCCGAAUUAGGAACUGACACACAUGAGAUUGUAGGAGAUGAGGAUGGCAAUGAUAUGCCAGAAACUGAAUAUGUUGAAUACGAUUGAAAGGUUCAUAGCAUUUCGAGUAACUUAGCGACUCUGGAUGAACUAUUUUGUCGUUCAACGGGGUGAUCUAAAUGUGUGCGUUUAUAAUUGGAGAUAACCAAUACUCAGGUCUGUAUUGCCUUCACAUAUAUUCUAUUUUAACUCUUCCAAAGAAUAUUACAAUUGUGUCAUGAAAGCACUUAAGCAUUAAACGGAACUUAUAAUAUUCUAAGCGGGUAUCAACACAGCCGAGUGGAUAUAGCCAUGCCGUCCGUCCGUCUAUUUCUAUGCAAACUAUUCUCUCCGGUUAAAUGCUAUUGUGCUGAAACGUUGUUGAGCUUGCCGAAAAAUGAAAUGUUUAAAAAGGAAAAACACUGCCUAUUUUAACAAUUUCAAACGAAUCCAACAAAUUUGAGUUUCGUUAUCUUAACACAUCUAAAGAACCGCAGCAAAUCAGAUUACUGGGGCUUCUGUAGAAACAAUUCUAAUCCGCAUGUUAUAUUUGGUUAUUUUCAAAUGAUUAUUUUACUGCAAUCUUUUAUUAGGAGGGAGUCAGACUUUUAUAAAAACACAUCGCUUAAUUAACACAAGUGUAGAGAAGUAGUUAAGUAAUAGAA